AAAAGGUAAGACAUGGACGGUGGUAGAAACCAAUGGACUACUAAAAUGCUACUUAGCCCGAAGAGAAGAAUUUCUCCAUCAAAGAAAAAAACGCAACGCAUACGCUCAUGUGUUGGAGGACAAGCUGCCACAAGGCUUCACCUGAUAGCGUUGGAAUAUAAAAUGCGCACUUUGCUAUCGGUGUAUAAAACCGCCAAAGACAAUGCCAGCAGAACGGGUGCGUCUCCAUGUAUUGCUCCAUAUAUGGAAGAUAUAGAAGAAAUUUUCGGAGACAGUGUACUGGCUAGAAACAGCCAUACGCUCCCAACUACAUCUUCCCUCCCGACUACUUCUUCAACAACUCCGCUGCAAGCAACACAACUAAACCGCCGGCGAAAAAUUGCAAAAGAGCGUUACUACGCAAACAAAAUUAAAAUUAUGCGUCCAUAAAUGCAUACCUAUUAAAGAUUCCACGGUCGAACGCCGCAACCACAUUUACGAUUUGAAUUCAUUCUCACCAAAGCCUUCAUGACAGCUAUUGUAUAACACCAACACUUCGAUUUUACAACCAAAUUCGAUUAAGAUCUUGAUAUUUUUUAGCUACCAAAUGUACGGCAACCCUAUAUGUUGGAUCGUUUUGUAACAAAUACCGAAAAAGUAAUGUGUCAUUGUUAAACAUUCUACAAUAAUUGUAAAUAACAUAUCGAUGGAUUUUGGAGAUUCAAGUUUAUGUCCUGUGAGAAUAUUAGGUGAAGGAUCUUUUGGACAGGUGUUUCUUUGUAGGUCUAAUUCAUGUGAUCACAUACAUGUCUGUGUGAAGCGUAUUGUAAUUCGCAAACCCAAAUUAGAGGUUAAAAUGCUGAUGGAUGAGAUUUAUAUAAUUUCCCAACUAAAGCAUCCAAACAUUAUUAGAUAUAUCCGAUCAUUUUUAUUCGAAGGAAUUGUAAAUAUUGUAAUGGAAUUUGCAUCAAAAGGAACAUUGCGUGAUAUAAUUAAUUCGAAUAGUAACCGUCGCCCAGCUGUUUCGAAACAUAUGUUUAAUUCAUUUAUACAUGAUAUCUUAUUGGGACUUGAAUAUUUACAUAUUCGUCAUAUAAUUCACAGAGAUCUUAAGCCCGAAAAUAUUCUAAUAGACAAUGAAAACAAUUUUAAAAUUGCUGAUUUCGGUAUAUCAACAAUACAUUCCAGUAAUAAACCAACGAAAGGUCUCAUUGGUACAUUUCUUUAUAUGGCACCAGAAAUUAUGAUGGGGGAUGGAUAUGAAUUUAAAUCGGAUGUUUGGUCUCUUGGAUGCAUAUUGUAUGAAAUGUGCUUUGGCGUUAGUCCAUUUCAAUACGCUAAGAACGUAGAUGAUUUAAAAUAUUUAAUGCUUACUUCACACUACGAACAUAAUGUUAGCGUUAUGUCAAAUUAUUAUGGGGUUGAAUGGUGUUGCCUUUGCGUAAAAAUGUUGAACUGCAAUCCCAAAAAACGGGUUUCAUUGUAUAGUAUAGUCACAUAUAAUGCGAAAAUUGCCUUUACUUACUAUAAUAAUUAUUUUAAAUAUAUAUAUAAUUUUUCGUAAAUAAUUUUUUCCGUUUUGAGAUACUAGUAACUUCACAAAUAAUUAAUUAAUAUUUUUAAUUUAUAUGUAAAAAAUUCUGAUUCAUGUCUGCGUAAUUGUUAAACCAAAAAUAAAUGAAUGCUUAUAACCAAAA